AUGAUUGGCUUCCUCGACCUCCCUGAGGAGAUUCGCAACAUGAUCUACAUGUGUUUAAUAGGCAUGGUCUAUUCAGAAAUCGAUUUCUCGUUCCACGGAUAUGAGUAUACAGCCACGUUCCUCGAUCAGAUCGGUCAGAAUGCGAAGCAUAUUCGGCGAAUUUUCCCGGAAUUGCCGACAGUCCUGGAAAACAAGGAUGGGUUGUUCAAAUCGGAAGAGAAUGCUCGCAUCCUUGACAAGAUCCAAAGUGCCUGUACUGGUUCGACGAAGUUAAUUAUUUAG